CCCCCCUCCGCAUGCAAAACCAUUUAAGCAAAAGUGGCGCUCGGAGAGCUGAACCGCGCGACCCGCGUCACUCACCUCACUAUCACACAGUUAGACUCACUAUCACUCACACUCUCUCUCUCUCUCUCUCUCUCACUCACACUCACACAGUGAGCACGGGCGAGAGCUGCGGCGAGGUCAGCGCGGGCGCGUGCACAGUUUCACUCACACUCUUCAGAUGUGCUCGGACGGAGAGCGCGCCGCGACGGGCAGCUCGGGGAACGGGAAGCUGCGGCAGUGGCUGAUCGAGCAGGUGGACACGGGUAAAUACCCCGGGCUCGUGUGGGAGAACGACGAGAAGAGUGUGUUCAGGAUCCCGUGGAAGCACGCGGGCAAACAGGACUACAACCGGGACGAGGACGCAGCUCUCUUCAAGGCCUGGGCUCUGUUUAAGGGUAAAUAUCGUGAGGGCAUUGAUAAACCGGACCCUCCCACGUGGAAGACGCGCCUCCGCUGUGCCCUCAACAAGAGCAACGACUUCGAGGAGCUGCUGGAGCGCAGCCAGCUAGACAUCUCUGACCCAUACAAGGUGUACAGGAUUGUCCCUGAAGGGGCCAAGAAAGGAUCCAGAUCACUGGACAACUCUCCAACAAACACAAGUCCACCCAGUUACCCACUACACCCCUCCUAUGGACCUUUGCAGACUCAGGUGUGUAACUUCAUCUCUCCUGUGGAGAGGAGCUGGCGGGAUUACCUCUCAGAUAAGCCCCCAAUAUCAGACAUCUCCUACGCCCAGAACCCUUAUGCCCCCCGCUGGGAUGGAGGAUACCAGUUUAGUGGCUCAUUCUACAGCUGCAGCACCUCAGAGGCUUUACCAUCUGCAUUUACAAUGGACUCCAGCAUGAAAUCAGCAGAAGCCAUGGCCCUUUCAGAUUACCGUCUCCAGGUGGCAGUGUUUUUCCGGGAUGCGCUGGUGCAGGAGUUGACUGUGAGCAAUCCAGAAGGCUGUCUGCUGGGUGGGAGCAGAGAAGGACUGCCGUAUGGAGCCUCUGAAGGGCCAGAGAUAGUGGAGCUUCCUCAGAUGGAGCGAGGUGCUGUAGAGAACGGUGUUCAGCUGUGGAUGGCGCCAGAUGGGCUUUACGCCCGGCGCCGCUGCCCCUGCAGGGUCUACUGUGAGGGAGGCCACACAGCAGCCAGCAAAACGAACAAACUGGAGAGAGAACAGACGUGCAAACUUUUGGACACGCAGCUCUUCAUCACAGAGUUACAGAGUUACGCUCUUCACACCCGUACUCUACCUGUUUCCCACGUUCUUCUGUUCUUUGAGGAUGAAAGCACAGAACCACAGAGACCAAAGAGGACCCUUACAGUGCAGGUGGAACCCUUGUUUGCACGUCAGCUUGUCUACCUCACCCACCAGAGCAGCAUGAACUACAUUCGCAGUCACAACCUUUCCCCUUUGCCCCCGGAGCACGUCAUUCCCUCCAGCCAGGACUUCCACAGGGUCAUCACCCAUCACCACAGCAACAGCCUGUAAAAUCCAUCCUGUGCCAAGAAAGCUAAAGAUUUUUAGGACAGUGAAUUGAGGAGCGGAGCCAAACAAUCCAAAGGACGAGCCAAACAAGGACAAAGACAAACAUGACGAGGUUACUGUUACAGGGCGACACUGAGAGACAUUGUCUAAGGACACAUGCACGCAUGUGCAGAAGAGACAGAAGAUACUGAAAUUGCAUACCUCCUUCUAGCAUUCUUUUUCAUGUCCUUGCAUAUCUGUGGAUGAUUUUUCACAACUGUAUUAAGCCUGUAUAAAUUCAACAUGGGAUGUUUUUGUAAUGGUGAAGCAUCAUUGACAUUGUAAUUUAGUUUAAGAAAUGUUAGUUUAAGUCAUGCCCAAGAAGCCAAGACUUCAUCUCAGGGAGUUGUAAUAAGACAGUAUUGUUUUUGUAUGUUUUUCUAUAAUUAAGUUUAUUUGAUAUUUGAACAGAAAGAAGCAUUUCAAAGCAUUUUUCUGCAACUGACUGAGAGAUUCAAUGUAUAUAGGCUGUAGGGUGUUGUUUGUGAGCAUAUUUCAGCAGACGGGAAAGUGUGGUUUAGAGACAGGAAGGUGAUGGUUGGUAGACCCACAAACAGACUAAUGACAUCACACAGGAAGAGGUGUAUUUACAACGUAAGACGUCUUUCUGAUGAUGGCCAUGUUCCCAGGUAGGAAACAGUGUGUAUCCAGAUGUCACAUCAAUUACUCAUGAAAGACUAUUAAUGUCCACAAAUACACACGAAAAAAAAGUUUCAAUCUUGAAACAGAGAUGUAGCUCCCCAAAUGGUCAAAAAGAAAAACAUCAGCACAAAAUACAAAAAUAUGUCAUCUUCUAUCUUAUGUAUUUGACUUAUGGAAUAAGAUUUGCUCUGACAUGUUAUUCAAAUAUUUGUGUUUAAUUUGACUUUUGUGAUUGAGUUUAAUUGGUAAGUAUGGGUGACAGCAGUAAAACACAUAAAGUGUUAAAUUCAGCUACAUCUUUUAAAGCACAAGCUGGCAUGUAUUAUUUGUAUCUUUGUAUGUAUAUUUUUUGGGGGGGGGGGGGGUGGUAGAGUUCUUGAUUGGAGAGAUCCUCUUGAUUGUAUCUGGAACUUCAGAUUUAAAACACUUGUAUGAGAGAAAUGCUGGUGUGUUGCUAAAGAGCUAAAACAUUAGCAGCCAAUGAUAAUCAGUGUUUUGAGGGGAUUAAUAAAACACACUGGGAAUAGAGACUGGGUCAUUCAUGUUCAGGAAUGAUGCAAAGAGUGUAAUGAUGCUAUUUGAGUGCAGUAUUAUAAAGAAAAUCAUAUAAAUUAUGAGAAUGUUUGCCUCACACCAGAGCAUGUGUUUGUGUGUGACCCUGGAAACAACUACACAAAAAGCCGUUUUGAAUGUUUAUAAGACAUGCAAUUUCUAAUAAAGGAAAUACAUUUUUUUUAA